GCCAUUCGUUCCUGGAGGAGCAGUGUUUACCUGGGCUAGCCAGGUGUGCUGUGACAGCAGAGGAAAGCUUCUUCUCAACAGCAAUAAACUUUGUCCUUCCUUUCCUGGCGUCUAAAUGGACAGGUUGCUACACGGAGGGGUGCUUCAACCCAGAGGAGACGUCAGCGAGGGUUUGAGUGUGCACAUUUAGGGGUUCCUUCCAGCUCCCGGGGACAUGUCUCAGAAGCCCCUAAACUCUGAAUCCACACAGCAGCUCUCGUGUGAUUGGAUCCCUCGGUGACUUCUCAGUAUAGAAUGCGCCUGGACAGCUGCGCACAGCAGCACAGGUCCUGUGUGGCCUCUGUCUGGGAGAGAAGCCAGGUCUGUCUUACGUGUACGGCAGUCCCAUGUCUGAAGGCAGGAGCCAGAACAUUGGGGAUGCAGGUGUACGAGAAGGACAUGGAGGUCAUAGGAUCAGAGCAGCUGCCGGCCGCCCGCCCACUGGAUCCUGUUAAGGGAUUAGGAGACUGCAAACUGGGUAGAAAAAUCCUCUCAUCUGCAGCUCAAGGCUGUAAUCUUAGGGCCAUGGGUCCCUAAGCUUAUUCUAUUUCCAUUCCUUGCCGCCCCUGCUGGUGUAAGGAUUUGGUUUUAAUCCCAGUUCUCUGGCACCCCCUCGUCUGGAUGGGAGUCACAGCCUGCUCUCCACCCUUUCCAGUCGCCUGCGCCAUCUGACUCACUGAGUGGCUUUUGUGAGAAGGGAGGGCAGGUUCCGUAAAGUCAAGCCACCUGGUGCAGGGGACACUAGGGAGCAGGACCCCCUGUCCAUCUAGGACGUCAGUCUCUGGUGGGCCUGGACCAUGGGCAACGUCAUGGAGGGCAAGUCCGUGGAGGAGCUGAGCAGCACCGAAUGCCAUCAGUGGUACAAGAAGUUCAUGACCGAGUGCCCUUCUGGCCAGCUCACCCUCUACGAAUUCCGCCAGUUCUUUGGCCUCAAGAACCUGAGCCCCUCAGCCAGCCAGUAUGUGGAACAGAUGUUCGAAACUUUUGACUUCAACAAGGAUGGCUACAUUGACUUCAUGGAGUAUGUGGCCGCGCUCAGCCUGGUCCUCAAGGGCAAGGUGGAACAGAAGUUGCGCUGGUAUUUCAAGCUCUACGACGUCGAUGGCAACGGGUGCAUAGACAGGGACGAGCUGCUCACCAUCAUCCGGGCCAUCCGAACCAUUAAUCCCUGGAGCGACUCAUCCAUGAGCGCCGAGGAGUUCACAGAUACCGUGUUUGCCAAAAUCGACAUCAACGGGGAUGGGGAACUGUCUCUGGAGGAGUUCAUGGAAGGCGUCCAGAAGGACCAGAUGCUCCUGGACACGCUGACCCGAAGCCUGGACUUGACCCGCAUUGUGCGCAGACUCCAGAACGGUGAACAGGAGGAGGCAGAUGCUGGCGACCCCGCAGCAGAGGCUGCGGGCUGAGCCUCGCCCUGUGGCUUCUGCAUGUUGAGGGUUGGCCCGGUGCGGUGCCUGAUGUGGUUGUUGUGUUCUUGUCUUCACAUUACAUAGACUCUCCUGAAC